UUUAUUUAGGAUCCAAUAUAGUCAUGAAUGGAAUGGAAGAAUUGCCGUCUUUUAAAGAUAUGCCAGAUGAAAUAAUUGAGUUAAUAUUAGGAGAUAAAUCGUUAAAUUGUUAUGACUUGACGAGAAUUUCAGAAACAUGCUCGAAAUUGCACCAAAUUAGUAACAAUAAUGACCUUUGGAAAAGGAAAUAUAAGCAAAGGUGGAGGUCAUCCCAACAUUUGAUUUCUGAAAUAAAUUACAUCAGCUGGAAGGAAGAAUUUAUUACCAAACACAAGCUUGUUGCAAAAGCUUUCAUGUUGUUGUGCAACAUGUCACUUAAGCACUUCCACAAGGAUGAACUUUCUAAAGAGGACUUUCAUGAGUUUACAACACUUGCAGAGAGCCAUGUUAGGGCAGGUGAAUUUCUGGUGACUGAACUCCUGUCGCUUCUUCAUGAUAACCAACCAGAUGAGAAACUGACCCUGAAGUUUUAUGCUGCACAAGUUGUUCGCCACAUUCAACAUCUCCUACUCAAACCAAAAAUACUUGCAUACCUGAAUGAUGUACCUCAGGAGGAACAAAACAUAGAAAUUGGUGCAGCUCUUGUUGCUUUGUGGUGUCAACCUACUGAAAGGAUAGCUGAGAGUGACGUGGUCAAACAGCUGGACGAAUUGUCCGAUGAGGUUAGAGACAUUCUGCAGAGGGCUCAUCCUGAACAUGCGGUCUUACAUCAGAACAUCAUUCAGGAUGGAUUAAAGGAAGAUAGUCAGACUAUGGAGUGGAGUUGGCAUAUUUUGGAUGCCAUUAACACUGUCCUGUACUUAAAACACAGUUUCAAAGGCGGCAAUUUUCACAACUAUUGUCCUCAAGAUAACUUUAUAGACAAAGCAUUGAAGACCAAAAAGGGAACACCCAUCAUCAUGUGCAUAAUAUAUGCUGCUCUUGCCAGACGACUGGGGGUGGUGUUAGAGCCAGUAAAUCCUCCAUACCACUUCAUGUUGAGAUUCAAACAACAUCCCUUCAAGCCUCCUGAUCAGAUGUACGUCUACAUCAAUGCUUUUGAUGGUGGCAAAAGACUGGAAUUCAGCGAUGUUGCUCAGGAGAUAGAGGUGGAUCCUGACUUGAUCACAGAAGACACCAUGGUCUGUGUAACGCCUUGUUACGUGAUUGAACUAGAGGUUCGUAAUGUAGUGCACAUCGGCCACGAGCUAGGAAAGUCAGGGGACUAUACUCUACUGAGAACUGCACUAGAGUGGUCUGUCUUAAUGAAGGGAGAUAAUAUUGAGGCCCGUAUGAAUCUGGCAAGAAUCAACCUCCAUCUAGGAGUCAACUUAGAGGAGGCUCAACAAAUGUUGCAAUAUGUGGCGGGUACAAGAUCUCUGUCUACAGCACUGUUUGACCCUGUGGCGCAUUUGCUUAAUGCUGUAACAGAGAAGGCCUCUGUUCUAAAUGAACGAAACAAAAACCACAAGAUAAAAGUCAUAAAGAGGAAGAAAUCUAAGACUGUUGAGUUUGCUGUUGGACUGGUAAUGAUACAUAAAAGAUUGAACUAUGACUGUGUGAUAUCCGGCUGGGAUUACAAGUGUGAGGCAAGUCACGAGUGGAAGCUGCAGAAUCCGAUGACCGGCCUUUCCCAGCCUUUCUAUAUUGUCCUGGUUGAAGACGGCUCAAGACGCUAUGUAGCUGAGGAAGACCUAGAGGUACAUCCGGACCCACAUAUCAUCAGCCACAGAGAAGUAGGCAAGUAUUUCAGCACAUUUGAUGGCUAUCGCUACAUCAUGAACUCUGAGAAGGUUGCAGAAUACCCUGAUGAUGAGGACUUCAGCAAAAUACUGGUCCACCGCCACUUCGGCAUCACACUGAGCAUGACCUGCAAUGGAUUUGAUGACUUGUUUUUUUUUUUAAACCUAUAGAUCUUUUUACAAAAAAAUGUUAAACAAACAACAAAACAUUGCAAGGCUAUGGCGGAAACAUGUUUAGUACCUAAGACAUUUUAAUAAAAAGUGACGUGUUUGUA